CGCCCCUGAGCCGGCAGCAGAAGCAGCCGCCACCUCCUGCGCGCGAGGUGUCUCGGGCGAGGACCCACGCGAGCUCCGGGGAGGCGGCGCCCCGAGCCUCCGUCGCCAAGCGCCCGGGCGAGCGCUGCGAAAAGCGCCCCCAGACUCGGGGCUGGAGCCCCCCAGGGGCCCCCCGCGAUCGGCACCGGCGAUCCCGUCAGGCGCGGGGCUCGCGAUCGCCGCUGGUUCCCCGCCUGGCGCGCCCCGCGACUCAGUCUCCGAACACGGAGUCUCCGCGUGCGGCCCGGGGCAGCGCGCCGGGGCCGGCGGCGCCUUCCCGGGCGCCCAAGAUGCGCUCCAUCAGGAAGCGCUGGACCAUCUGCACCAUCAGCCUGCUGCUCAUCUUCUACAAGACAAAAGAGAUCGCCAGGACCGAGGAGCACCGCGAGACGCAACUCGUCGGAGAUGGUGAACUAUGUUUGAGUCGAUCACUUGUCAAUAGUUCUGAUAAAAUCAUUCGAAAAGCUGGUUCUUCAAUCUUCCAGCACUCUGUAGAAGGUUGGAGAAUCAAUUCAUCUUUGGUCCUGGAGAUAAGGAAGAAUAUUCUUCGUUUCUUAGAUGCAGAACGAGAUGUCUCAGUAGUCAAAAGCAGUUUUAAGCCUGGUGAUGUCAUACAUUAUGUGCUGGACAGGCGCCGAACAUUAAAUAUUUCUCAAGAUCUGCACAGUCUUCUACCUGAAGUUUCACCAAUGAAAAAUCGCAGGUUUAAGACUUGUGCAGUGGUUGGAAAUUCUGGCAUUCUGCUAGAUAGUGGAUGCGGAAAAGAGAUUAACAGUCACAAUUUUGUCAUAAGGUGUAAUCUAGCCCCUGUGGUGGAGUUUGCUGCCGAUGUGGGAACUAAAUCAGAUUUUAUUACCAUGAACCCAUCAGUUAUCCAAAGAGCAUUUGGAGGCUUUCGAAAUGAAAGUGACAGAGAAAAAUUUGUGCACAGACUUUCCAUGCUGAAUGACAGUGUCCUUUGGAUCCCCGCUUUCAUGGUGAAAGGAGGAGAGAAGCACGUGGAAUGGGUCAAUGCAUUGAUCCUGAAGAAUAAACUGAAAGUGCGAACUGCGUAUCCAUCACUGAGGCUUAUUCAUGCUGUCAGAGGUUACUGGCUGACAAACAAAGUCCCCAUCAAGAGGCCCAGCACAGGUCUCCUCAUGUACACGCUGGCCACAAGAUUCUGUGAUGAGAUCCACCUGUAUGGAUUCUGGCCUUUCCCUAAGGACCUGAAUGGAAAAGCUGUUAAAUACCAUUAUUAUGAUGACUUGAAAUAUAGGUACUUUUCCACUGCAAGUCCACACAGAAUGCCAUUAGAAUUCAAAACAUUGAAUGUGCUUCAUAAUAGGGGAGCUCUAAAACUGACAACAGGAAAGUGCGUGAAGCAAUAAAGCACAUUGGAAGACUUGCGAACAAACUGAAUAGGCACUUCUUUUCUGAAGAUGCUUCCUCAUUUUUUGAGAAGAGAUCCCAAACUAGACUGAGUUUCAGCAUCCGCCACCUAACUGGAAGAAGAUAGAAGAUAUUCAUGAGAAAUUCACUACCAGCUGAUGAAAUACCUGCAAAGUGCUCUAAAAGUUAAACAUUUCGACUUCAAAGGUCCUAGUAAGUGCCACUUCCACUAAGAAAACAGUUUGAAUGUAUAAUCAGUAGUGUUUACAAGAUCCAACAAUGCACUUGUCAUUAGUCAGUGAAGCAAAUAUGUUCAUCACAGUUGGGCCGCCAUUGCAAUGCCAAGCACAUAAGAAGAAGAACCGAGGAAUACAACUCAGCCCUUGGGGAAAUCCAACCGCCCCGGUCAGCAAAAGUCACAAUGGAAACAGUUUGAGCCGUGAAACUGGUUAAGAUUGAACAACUCAAAUAAUUGCCUUCAGUCAGGAUUUCAAGUCUGAUCAUGAAUUCGAUUUGUUUCUGGUUUUGUUUGUCUUCUAGAUUAUAUUUUGGUUUGGGUAUUGGGGUGCUUAGAAACCCUUUCUGAAAUAAAUUGAGUAGAGACAAAUAAAUGAUAAAAAGUAUCACUUAUCAAGGUCUUAUAUUUUUAAGAUGCAUUCCAGAAUAAAUAUAAACUCUUUGAUUUUGAAAUUCAGAUACCCAAAGGUGUAGAAGGUACCAGUUAUUCCCAUCUGAGAUGGGAAAUUUAGUGGGGACAAACUAUCAUUGGUACCAAAGAUUAUCUCUGAUGUUUCUACACAGCCGACCAUUCUCCUUUCAUGGAAAUACAUUAUGCUAGCAGUGCAAAAGUUGCCUCUAGAUAUUUAAUAUUUCCCAAAAUCAAACUAUUUCCAUUUGAAGGAAGACCUCCACUACUUUUCCACCUCAAAAUCCUAUGGAAGUAUUUUGCCUUUUAUAAUAAAUAUUUGAUUGAGAGAACUUAGUGUGACUCCCAGCUCUCCAAUAUCCUGCCAUUCUUCAAAUAGAAAGACUGACAUGUUAUUUAAAGCAUUGUUAAAUCUUCUUAGUGCCGAAAUAACAGACUAAGAGAAUGUUGUCUCCAUAACAGAGAUAAAUCGUUGUAAGAGGUUUAAAUAAUAAAACACAUCAGUAAUCCACACUUAAAAUAAAUUAGAUUGGCUAACAUUUUUUUUUGGUGUGGUUAAACCUAAUCUCAUAUUAUGCUAAUGCAUCUUCUGAAUAGUCCAAGAAAUUAUUCACAAAGUAAUAUUUAAAAUUUUAGCACGUGGCAGAAUUGACAAGUAAGGGAGAUUUCUAGUAAAUGUUAGCCACACUGACAGGACAUUUAUAAAUUGUGUCUUUGGAAAGUAGAAACUCUGUGUCACUUCUGCUCUUGGCCUGAAACAACUUAUUUCUUAGAGUCUGAGGGAAUAAGAAAUAACUUGCAGAAUAUGCUGUCGUGGAAAAGGCUACUAUCAAUAGCGAAGUUCUCAAUAUAUUAGUAGUGUGUGUUUUUUUAAAAUAUGAUAGAAACCCAGAAUGCAUUAAAUUUAUUUUCAGAGGAAAUAAAUACCUGGAAGUAAACAAAAUAAAAUCCAUAAAGGAGAUUCAUAGCUAAAAUUCAAUAUGUAUUUUUAUCUUAAACCUCCUACUAGAAAUUAUAAGAUAAUUAUGUGUUUUGAAUGUAAACUUGAAAAGUCUGUUUUUUUCAUGACAAAUCAAAAGGAAGUGGUUUUUAGAAGUUUAAUUUGAAUGUAAACUUGAAAAGUCUGUUUUUUUCAUGACAAAUCAAAAGGAAGUGGUUUUUAGAAGUUUAAUUUGAACAGUUUGUGGAUCAAGUGAGUGGCCUUUAAUUUACAGCCAAUAAGUAAUAGAAAUCACAACAAUUCAUGUAAAAUUCAUACCAGAAAUCAUUUAAAGUGUAUCUUACAGAGAAGCAGCAAGGCUCCUGUUCAUUUUCACUGUACUUUCAAUUAAUGCUUGAGAUGAGUUUAAGGCCACAGUGAGAGUACCCCAGCUAUGAGCUGUUCUGUGCGUUGGUGUCUGUCUCGUAGAUGCAUUGAGUAGUGCCUUUUCAGCUUCCCAUUGCUAUCCUUUCUCAAAGUUUGUUGCCCAGGUCUGAAAUGUUCAGCAUAUAAAAGGGCUUCAGUAUUGACUGAGACUACUUUUGUUCAUCUCAGGGAACUUUCAAUACUCAAGAAUGAAUUCAAAUAAUGGCAUUUAGGGUUCAGAAAAGACAAACUAUACAAGGCCAUUUCAUCCUUACAAAUGAUAUUUCCAUCUCUCAUCCGCCUUCACUAACUACGGUGACCUCUGUCAGGGAGAGGGUGAGGGAUCAUCAGAGGCCAAUAGCAGAGUAAGAAUUAAGGAGAAAACAACAAAGGGGUAGCGUGGAUCAUGAUAAAAUCAAAUACCAACAUGAAAUAUCUGUUUGUUUAUUUUUCUUUUGGAGCUCUCAUAUAUUGACAGCUUUAAUUUUUUACUGCUUUUUCAUGAUUCAGCCCUGUACCUGGCAGUGCUCAGGCAGCUGAUUGUGAAAUAUUCCCGUUCUUCAGAGAAUAUCACUGUUAUUGUGCUGUUGGCACGAGUAGGUCAUGGAAGCAUUUCAUCAUUAUCACACAGACUGUUCAAUACAUAAUAUUAAGUUGUGAAGUUGAAAACAGUCAGCAACAGAUUUUCUAGGCAAAUACAAUGUUUCAGCCCACAGAAGUGCUGAAAUGACUGUGGAAGUUUUUCUAUCUGAAAGAAGGUGCUGGGCAUUGAAAUGUCUUCAUGUCUUGUAUAUCAUAUGAAUUGUAUAUCAAUUGCUAAAUGGGAAUUUCUACAUAUAUGCUUACAGAAGCAACUUAUUUAAAUAAUGCUGUGGGUAGUGUAUAUACCAACUAGUUAUUAAGAUACAACACAGGAAAAGGGUAAACAAAGCAAUUUAUUAUUAAUUGAACCAGUAAGUAAUAAUGCACACAAUCGUGGUAUUUGGUUCAUAGAAGAGUCAUUUUUCAAGUGGUUAUUGUUGGCAGUACCUAUAUUUGUGGAAAGGGAGUAGAAAGAAUCAUGUAUAGUUAGUUGUUUCCUCCACCACAAGUUAAAAAUUUUCCCCAUCAAACAUUAUUAAUAUGCCAAUGUUUUAAAAAUUGAGUGACUAAGGGUUAUUGUUUGUAUUUGAUAAAAGGAAAUCCAAAUAAAGCCCACCUAGAAAUAGAUAUUUUAUUAUGUAUGUGCUCUAGGAAUACCUAUAUAAUACAAAUAGAGAUGUGUGAUGCAUAAAUGCAAGGUUAUAUAUGUGUGUCUGUGUGUGUGCAAACCAAGUUGUAGCAAACACACAAUAGAUUUGCGUUAUAACAUUUUCAGGGGUUGCACAGUGAAGCCCUCUGGAGAUAAGACCACUGUAGAAUAAAGAAGUUCUUUUGAAACUUCAGUUACUAACCUACUUUAGGACGGUCCUACUUUAAAGAUGAAUUAAUUCAUGUCUAGAUUCACAGUCAGAGUCUGGUCUGCCCAACUCUUAAAAAGAAAAGGAAAGAGAAAACUGAAGAAUCAAAAGUCUUUUGGCUGGCUAUGUAGUUGAAUUGUGGUGUUCAGACUGUGGCUCCAGGCCAGUGAAGUAGCACCUUUUAAUAAAUUUUAUUUCUUUGUGUAGGUGAAAGCACAAGUGUUUCAAAUGUACAUAACAGGAAAAAAGUUUACAAGGAUCGCAUUGCUGCACAGGAUAAUUGCUACUGAGUAUUUCUUAUAUUAUUUGUGAAAUUGGAAGCUGAGAUUUUUUCUGUCAAGUUCAUUUUGUUCAACACUGUCUCCCUCUUGUUUAUGUAUAGCAAUGUAAAAUUAUAAAAUAAAUUAAAUAAUUUGGGUUUUUUUUUCA